CCAGAGUUAGGUAACUCCAAGAGGUACUCAAAAGUGAGAAGCGAUCCUGCUCAUGAACGCAGUUUGAUUUAUCAUCAUCUUGAAGCCCACAUCUCCGUGACUGCAAUUAAGUCUAGUACCCCACAAAAACUCCAGCCGCUCGCUACUCCUCCCGCACCAGGUGACGGUGGUAUUGACAUAUCUGAAUUUUGCAAGAUUCUCGUUUGUGGUCCAAUGCAAGGACCGAAGAAGAAAACUCG